AUGACAGAGGAAAGCCAAGAACCUAAAUAUAAAGCACCACCAGGUAAAGAUCCACAAUGGUGGGACAUUUCAACAUUUGAACGUAAAGACAAUAAAUAUGGUCUUCUUUGUGAGUCUUCUUUUGCAACAAUAUUUCCAAAAUACCGUGAAAAAUAUAUAAGAGAGUGUUGGCCAUUGUUGGAAAAAGAAUUAGAGAAACAUUUUAUUAAACCUGAUUUGGAUUUGGUUGAAGGUACAAUGACUGUCAAAACAACUCGUAAAACUUGGGAUCCAUAUGUGAUUUUUAAAGCUCGUGAUCUUAUUAAUUUAUUGGCUAGGAGUGUACCUUAUGAAAAUGCCGUAAAAAUUCUCCAGGAUGAUACAUUUUGUGAUAUUAUUAAAAUUUCAUCAAUGGUACCUAAUAAGGAAAGAUUUGUAAAACGUCGUGCUCGUCUUAUUGGAAAUAAUGGAGCAACACUAAAAGCAAUGGAAUUACUAACUGAAUGUUAUGUACUUGUACAAGGAGGUACCGUUGCAGCAAUUGGUUCAGUUCAAGGAUUAAAAGAAGUUCGCCAUAUUGUUGAAGAUUGCAUGAGAAAUAUUCAUCCAAUUUUUAAUAUAAAAACAUUGAUGAUAAAAAAAGAGUUAAUGAAAGAUGAAAAAUUAAAAAAUGAAAGCUGGGAUAGAUUUCUACCAAAAUUUAAAAAGAAAGUUCAAUCAUCAAGUACAACAAAUGCAAUAAAAAAGAAAAAAGCUAAGAAAUGGAAAAAGAAAGACGAAUAUACUCCAUUCCCUCCACCACAGCAACCUUCUAAAGUUGAUAAAAUGCUUGAAUCUGGAGAAUAUUUCUUAAAUAAUCACAAUGAUAGAAAAAGGAAAAGAAAUUAA